AUGUAUCGCCCAAACACCAUCAAAUACCUAGCAGGAUUCGCGGCGCUGGUUUUUGUUUGGUUAGUGUGGCAGCUUGAUCUUCACCAGCAGGUCGCUGAGACAGCCCGACAGAUCACGCGUCCUCACGGAAAGCCGUACGAUGGCAUCACCGGCAGCGAGGUGUUCGCUCCAGCCAAAGCAGCCGAGUACUGCGACCACUAUCGCCUUGAAGCAGCCGACCGUGAAAUGGUCCAGAAGCGCAAGAUCUACGACCUGCUUCUAGUCAACACAGAGAUGGAGAUGCUCGAGAUACGUAUCGGUCAAAUGGCCCCCUACAUCGAUUACUUUGUCAUCCUCGAGUCCGACCUGACAUUUACCGAUCAACCCAAGCCACUAUUCGUCAAAGACAACUGGGAACUUUUCAAGCCAUGGCACGAAAAGAUGAUUCUGAGGACCAUGGACCUUGAGGCGUUGAAAACGGGCACAACAUGGGACCGUGAGCAUGCGAGCCGAAACGCUAUGUAUGAACAGGUCAUCCCCACACUUGUGGAUGAGCAGGCUGCGAAUAUUGAUGACGUCCUGAUUGUAUCCGAUGUCGAUGAGAUACCCAAGCCUGAGGUACUUCGCGCACUAAGGAAUUGCAACGUCCCAGUACGCAACAACAUUCACUCUGAUUUCUACUAUUAUUCGUACCAAUGGCGUACGGGCGAUUGGCCGCACCCUCAGGCUACUCUCUACCGAGGUGCAGAUACUGUUCUCCCUUCCGACCUCAGGUAUGGACCAGGACACGACUUUCUCUAUGGCGGUUGGCAUUGUAGCUACUGCUUCGGCACAGUCGAGGAGAUGGCGGAGAAGAUCAACUCAUUUUCUCAUUCCGAAUUUAACAAGCCCGAAUUCAAGGAUCACAGCCAUAUUGUCAAUGUUUCACGCUAUGGAACAGACAUCUUCAACCGAGAUGACGCUAAGUUUUACCGCGUCGAACGUAAUUUCGAUGUGCCUGAUUAUAUCAAGCAACACUCCGAUAAGUUUAAAUAUAUGAUCGAUCGCAACCCACCGAACGGCAACUACAGAGAUUACGAUCCUAUUACAACAUAUGAGUGA